UCUCUCUCUCUCUCUCUCUUCUCCAGAAAAUCUGACCGGUGCCGACCCUGUUGCUUCGAUUCACGGCGGCUCUCUCUCUCUCGAAAAUAACGACCACCACACAGCAGCUCACCUUCUCUCUCUUGCUUCCUGAGCAGGUCAGACAUAGAGAGCAGUAACUUUACUUACACUCUGAUUAUUGUGAAUGUUUAUGCAAGCGAACUACACAUAGAGCAAGGAUGAAAGGUGGAAGGAAGAAUUUGAAAAGGGAUACUGAAGAAGUGAGCUUAAAUUUUGAAGAUGGCCAUGCCAUAAUGGAAGUGUUGUCCCUCAGAGGUUCUAAUCUCAUUGAGGUACUAGAUUCACAAGGCAAGAAAUCAUUGGCCCUUUUUCCAGCUAAGUUUCAAAAGAGCAUGUGGAUAAAGCAAGGUAGUUUUGUUGUGGUUGAUGACAGUGGGAAGGUGAAGGCUCUUGAAUCAGGCAGCAAGGUGACAUGCAUUGUUACUAAAGUUCUCUUCUAUGAACAAGUGCGUGCUCUUCGGAAAUUACCAGACUGGCCAGAAGUCUUCAAAUCGACUGUUUUGGAUGAUUCUAACGGAAGUCGAGAGGGAGAGACUUCGCAACGAGAAGAGAAUGAUCUCGUAUCGAGCGAUGAUGAUGAUGAUGAUGACGAUGAUGGACUUCCUCCUCUUGAAGCCAAUACAAACAGAAACAGACCGAUUGAAUUGCAAGAGGAAUCCGAUUCAGGUUCAGACUCGGAUUCUUGACAAUUCAUUCUUUCCAUUGAAUUAGAAUUAGUGAGAUAAUAGCAAUUUUAUAUAUAGUUAUAUACAUUUUAUAUUAUAUAACUAUAUGAUAUCAAAAUUUUGAAUCAGAAAAGGUGCUGAAAUGCACCUUUUUAUUAUACUUUGUUCUAGAGUCAAUUCAUUUAUUCCUACUAUAUAUUCUAGC